CCUAGACAGGCACCGAGGAAGAGGAGGAGGAGGAGGAAGCGGAGACGGGAAGGUCACUUCCUCCCCCUUUUUGGGAAAGUUGGGAGGGGUCUGGCUCACCAGGGAAGCCUUGGCUGCAGAGAGUGCCAGUUGCUGUGACGGAAGCAGAAGCCUUUUGUGGUCGGGAUCUCUGAGCGAUCCAGCAGACUCUCAUCUGUGAGACCAGAGCAACAAGAGAGGCAUCAAUUGAAUUGCCAGGAAACCCGUUGACCUUGUGAGACAGAGAAGGAGCAAGAAUGAAAGUGAAGUUGGAGCAAGGAAGUCCUUUGGAGUCAUACGGGGCUCCGCUUGAGCACGAAGAGAAGUUUAGCAUGCAAAGCCAAGCAGGCGACGAAUCUGGGAAAGGGGCAGGAGGAGCCCCUCACGCCUUGGAGGCCAGGGGCAGCGGGGAAUUAUGGGUAGGAAGUGUGCAGGAGUUCCUGGGCGGAGACACAGUCUGCUCAAAGGGACCAUACCAGCGUUUCAAACAUUUCCGCUACCAGGAGGCCGAGGGGCCCCGCGAGGUCUGCAGCCAACUCCACGACCUUUGCCGCCAGUGGCUGAAGCCGGAAAGGCACACCAAGGCCCAGAUCCUGGACCUGGUGAUCCUGGAGCAGUUCCUGGCUGUCCUCCCUCCGGAGAUGGAGAGCUGGGUCAGGGAGUGCGGAGCCGAGACCAGUUCCCAGGCGGUGGCCCUGGCCGAAGGCUUCCUCCUGAGCCAGGCGGAGGGGAAGAAACAGGAGGAGGAACAGAUUCCUGUGACCUUUGAGGAGGUUCCUGUGCCUUUCACCAAGGAAGAGGAGGAGGAAUGGGCUCUGCUGGACCCAGGCCAAAACGCCCUGCCCAGGGAAGUCUUGGUGGAGGACUUUGGGAAUCUAGCCUCGCUAGGUGAUGGAUGGCCCAGUAAGAACAACAGCAGACCCUGUAAGAGAAGCAAGCUUCAAGAAAUGGAAGAGAACUUCAGAAAUCCCGAGGAACCGACAGAACAGGAGGGAAACCAGAUGGAGAAGUGGCUGGAUGAACCAGUCGCUUCCCAGGGCGAAAACGUCCGCGAAAUCGUGGUUCAGCCGGAAAAAUCAAGAGGAACAAGAAGGAAUGCCUGCCCGGCGCUUGUGAAAAACGCCAGUCACAAAUCAGACGUUAACGGCCACUGGAAAGUUCACGUGGAAGAGAAGCCGUACAAAUGCAUGGAGUGUGGGAAGAACUUCAGCCAGAGCACUCUCCUUAGGUUGCAUCAGAGAAUCCACACGGGGGACAAGCCCUACAGCUGCUCCGAGUGCGGCAAGAGGUUUUACGACAGGUCUCAUCUCAACAGCCACAAAAGGACCCACACAGGGGAGAAGCCGUAUAAAUGCCUGGAGUGCGGGAAGAACUUCAGCCACAAGGUCAACCUUACCUCCCACCAGAGGAUCCACACGGGAGAGAAACCUUACAACUGCUCGGACUGCGGGAAGAGCUUUUGCGACAAGCAGAACCUUAUCAGACACCAAAGAAUCCACACGGGAGAGAAGCCGUAUAAGUGCCAGGAGUGUGGGCAGAACUUCAGGCAGAGGGCGACCCUCACUUCGCACCAGAGAGUCCACACCGGGGAGAGACCCUACCAGUGCUUGAAUUGCGGAAAGUGCUUUUUCAGAAAAGCGGAGCUGAACAGACACCAGAGGAUUCACAGCGUAGAAGAGAGGCCUGUCAUUUCUUGGAGCGUCGAAAUGGCUUCCGACGGGGUGUCGAUUUUAUGUCCCAUCAGAGAACUGGCACAGGAAAACCAGCCUAUAACUCCCGUGAUUAAACAAGAACAGUAUUGCUAAAAUAAGAGUCCCUGCUAGUCUUCAAAAUAAUUUGCAUGAGAGAGACACACACACACUAACACACUUCCCCCCUCCCCCAAUAAAUGUUUGGGGGUGUGGAAAGAGCUUCAGCUAGAGCAGAACAUAUAACGUAAAGUAUGCAUACUGAGAUCUCUGUGAGGAAACAAAACUUUUUAUGCAGAUCGCGAGCAAAGAGUUGGCGUCCGAUUCCUCGGCUUCCGAUGUGUAAAUCUCUCAUGUGCCUUACUGAGUCCUGUCAUCACUUGCGAAAGCUGACUAGUCACCCUGCUUCCUCUGUGCCUAUUUUCCUAUUAAAAUAUACGCAUUUGACGCAAAAAAAAAAACUUCUGUCCAUUGAACUGUAGUUCCUUCUGUGCUCUGCCUCUCCAAGCAAUGCGUAUUAAGACACAUUUCGCUAACUGAGAGUUGUCGUGCUUUUUGUAACUGGAAUGGUGGACUUAAAUGAUCCUAGAGUUAUCCCAGUUUAGAUACAUUGAGGUUCCAGUUCCCAGAUCCUGGUGUUGCUGGCUAAGAGUGAGUAUAGGCGAAGAAGGGGCUCACGGCAGUGUGAAUGCUGUCCUGGAAGCCCCCAGUUUUAACGCCUGCUUCCUGCUGCAUAGCAGCAAAGCCAAUACUGGAAUAUGCUACAGACAUUGACUAGCAAAGGGAUGGACUUUCUGCCUGCAACCUACAACAGAGUGAGGCUCACUAAGUACAUUGGUCAGGGGUGGGGAACCACAAGCCUGGGGGCCAAAUGCGAUCCACUGGGUGUCUCUUAUCUGGCCCCUAGGGCUCUCUUAAGUUCACACCCCUUGCUGGCUCUGCUUUGCACCCCCAAGUCAGUGGAACCCUAAUUAUGCGUUGGAUUUGGGCCAGAAAAAAAGGAGAGGUAAUAAUAA